GUCAAAAUACAUCAAAGUCGUUUGGUGCUUUACUCUCGUUUCGUAAAUUUUUUUAUUGUUCUAUUCGAUAACAACAUCACGGCUGGCGUUUUGAUAACAAACGAUAAUUAAAUUAAUCAUGUUGUUUCCUUGUGCAACUUCAUUGUGCAGUGUUAUAAGACUAUUUUGUUAGAAAAACAUGCAUUUUUGUACAUCAUAGUACUGGCUGCAUUUAAUAGUCCAAAAUGGCGGACAGACGUCAUAUUAGAGAGGCAGCAGAGUCCUUAUUGGGCUCUGUCACCGGACCACAUUAUUGUAGGAAUUUGUCGCAUUCACAAUCAAUAAAUCUGGUAUCAGAAGACCUAGUGGCAGGACACAGACCGCACGGCAAGAUGUCCACAGUCAGAAGAUUUUUCUGUCUCUUCGUCACCUUCGACAUAUUAUUUAGUAGUCUGAUGUGGCUUAUUUGUGUUAUGAUGCGCGGGGAGACUCUAGAACAAAUUGUCGAGCGCGAAAUUAUUCACUACAACAUAAAAACGUCGCUUUUUGAUAUCGUGUUGGUCGCCAUUAUAAGAUUCGUCGUGCUCUUGUUGUUUUAUGGACUGCUUUAUAUUAACAAUUGGAGUAUUAUUGCUCUAUCAACGGGAGGUACCUGUGCCUUUUUAAUAUCAAAAGUGUUCUUUUACGACUGGCCCAAUGCGUCCACGCCUGUCUACCAAGUCUUCCUAAUCCUGGCUUCGUUCACGCUAUCCUGGGGCGAGACGUGGUUCCUGGACUUCCGUGUGCUGCCGCAAGAGCAGCAGGCUAAAUAUAUAUUAGAAGCUAUAGGUGGUCACACAUCAGAACGGACCCCUCUUCUCAAUACCUGCAACGAACGCGCCAGCCCCCUCCGUCCGCCAGGGGUGCAAUCGACGUACGGCGAAUCCACAGUCAACUGGUUCUCACCGGUCGAGACGCCCGAAUCCAGCCCCAAGCGUAGAAGACCUGGGGAACAGCUCAUAUUGACACAAGAACAGGGCUUAGUGGAUUGUCCAAUCAAGUUCCUACAUGACGAGUUCAAAAAUAACAUCGUUCGGAUACCAGAAUGGAAUCCGACCAUACUUCAGAGUGAAUUUAUAAAAGAAAUAGCAGAUGGCAUUGACCUCACAUACCAAGUAACAGCAGGCGGGGGCCGCGGUAUAAUAUCACCGCGAGACUUCGUCAACUUGCGCCGCGUUGCUCCAAUGACCAAGGACGGUCGCGUCACUGAUGGCGAGCCUUAUUGCUACGUCAUUUCCGCAAUUAGUGUUAAGGUACCUGAUUACCCGCCACGUUCUGAUAUGGUUAGGGGUAACAACAAAGUAAGCUGUUGGGUAUUGAAACCAAAGUCAGUGCAGCUGCCUGACGGCAGGAUCGUGCAAACUACAGUCUUCCAGUGGCUACUGUGUUGUGACCUUAAAGGUAAAAUACCUCAGUUCGUCCUGGACGCGGCAUUCGCGACGGUCAUGCUGGACUACAUCGUGCACUUGAGAAAGUUCGCUGCUAAUGCAAAGGCAAAAGGACUUUUCUAGGUGUUUCUAUAAAGUUCUAGAACAUUCUCGAUUGGGAAUAAACAUGACAGCUAACUCAAUAAGGCGAACGACAAGCCGGUGGCUUUGAUAUUGUGUCUUUCUAGGAUCAUCUAAUUUUCUAUUCUAUUUGCCUGUCAAAUUUCGGUGUUACCAUUUUCACUCAAUUUGGCAACACUGAUCCUGGAAACAAAAGUCAAUGUCACCGGGCUGUCCUUUACGCAAUUACCUAGCUCAUUGAUGAUACCAUUAUUAUUAUUAUUACGUAUUUCUGAAAACGUAAACAAUUUUAAAUAAUUCAAAGUUGUUUCAAUGAUAAUUAUUAGAAAUAUAAACAAACUGAAAUGUCUACGUGUGUCAACUCCAACUGGUUAUAACCUUGGUUUGUUUUAAUUAACCAAUGUAUUCUGAGACACACCAUGCAAGUAUGCAAGU